AUGGAGGACAAGGAUGAAGAAGGAGGAGGAGGAGGAGGAGGAGGAGGAUACCACCGGGCGGCCAAACGGCUGCGGACGGAGGAGAAGAGCGGCGUGAGGGAGCUGGAGGACGGAGAGGAGGAUGAGGAUGAGGAGGAGGAGGAGGAGGAGGAGGAGGACUCGGCCAGUGAGGAGGCGGCGGGGAGCGGACGCACCGAGGGCAGGAACCGGAGGAGCGCGGGGAAGGAAGGCGUGAAGGAGAGCCACCGCAUCCCUCCAUCUCCGGUCGUCCACGUCCGGGGGCUGUGUGACGCCGUGGUGGAGGCCGACCUAGUGGAGGCACUUGACAAGUUUGGCAGCAUCUGCUAUGUGAUGAUGAUGCCCUUCAAGCGUCAAGCCCUGGUGGAGUUCGACAGCGUGGAGAGCGCCGAGCGCUGCGUCACGCGCGGAGCCCACGAGGCCGUCUACAUCGCCGAGCAGCAGGCCUUCUUCAACUUCUCCACCAGCCAGAGGAUCACCAGGCCGACCAACGCAGACGACCCCACCAGCAAAAACAAGGUCCUGCUGCUGUCCAUCCAGAAUCCGCUCUACCCCAUCACCACCGACGUGUUGUACACAGUCUGUAACCCCGUGGGGAACGUCCUGCGCAUCGUCAUCUUCAAACGCAACGGCAUCCAGGCCAUGGUGGAAUAUCCUGACCGCGUGUCCGUCAUUGGGCGUUUCUGUGCUUUGAAAGAUUCGUCCGUGGAGGACGCUCAGAAGGCCAAACUGGCUCUGAACGGUGCCGAUAUUUACUCUGGCUGCUGCACACUUAAGAUCGAGUAUGCUCGGCCCAACAGACUGAACGUCGUCCGCAACGACAACACCAGCUGGGAUUACACCAAACCCUUCCUCCUGCACCGAGAACGGGGCAAGGGAAGGCAGCGUCAAGCCAUCUUAGGAGAGCAUCCGUCCAAUGGCUAUGGUCCACACUGCCCCCUGCUGCCUCUGCCUGCUAACAGCAGGUACAGGAGGAUGGGGGAGCAGGUCCAGGACAUGGUCUCCUACCCACCUCUCCUACCAAAGACCUUUCCGUCCACUUCUUCUUCCUCCCUUCUGGGCUCCAGUUCGGUCGCUAUGGUUAAGUUCAUGAAGAGUGUUCCUGGCACAGCCUUGGUGGAAAUGGGCGAUGAGUAUGCCGUGGACCGAGCCGUGACUCACCUCAACAGCAUCAAAGUGUUCGGCAAGAAACUCAACGUCUGCGUGUCCAAGCAGCAGGCGGUCAUCCCCAGCCAGGUGUUUGAGCUGGCCGACGGCAGCAGCAGCUACCAGGACUUCAGCCUGACCCGAAACAACCGCUUCAGCAGCGCGCACAGCAGCCGGAACAUCAUCCAGCCCCCGGCGGCCGUGCUGCACUUCUACAACGCGCCGCCCACCCUCAGCCAACACCAGCUGCUCAAGCUUUGCUCUGAACACAACGUUCCCAGCUUCACCAAGUUCAAGGUCUUUGACGCCAAACCUAGCUCAAAGACACUUUCCGGACUGUUGGAGUUCGAAAACAAAACCGAAGCAGUCGAGGCUCUGACCGUCCUGAACCACCAUCAGAUCAGAAUACCCAGCAGCUCCAACCCCUUCACCCUGAAGCUCUGCUUCUCCACUUCUUCCCAUUUGUGAUCCAGCGAUAAGACGGCUACGGCGCAGACAAAGAUCCUCCUGGAAAAACAGCACGGGAGCCCAUUUCUUCAUUCUGAAAACGGCAGGAAGGCUAUCGAGUGGGGGGAAAAAAAAUUGCAUGGUUUUUGAAGAGGCAGUAUGACCAAAAGAAGCAAUAGGAUGGCAUUGCAGUAAAAUGGCAACUUAAUGGGGUUUUCUGUCCGAAUUUGUUCCUUUAGAUUUACAUUUUAUAGCACAACCUGUUGUAGACAGCGUGAGAUACUUCUAACUGUUAAAAAUAUGUAAGGGUUCUAAUCAGUUCGUACAUGUAAAUGUGGAUCAGAGGAAUGCUGAUGGGGAGCUACUCGAUAAUUAUAUUUAUGAGACGGUGUUUUAAAUGCAGCCCUGGGGCAGCAGAGUAUCGGCCGAGGUGUUCAAAGUGACAAACAGAGCUAAUGAUAUGGAAAAAAAAUAAAAGGCAUAAUCAAACCAAUUAUUUCACGGUGGUCACAUUUAAAAGCACAAAUAGACGCAUCCACACCCCCAAACACUGAUACUAUAAAAAAAAAAUCCAGAUAAAUCUAAAUAAAUGUGGAGUAUGUUUCUACAGAAGCAUCCACCUCCACAUGUAAAACUAUUUUGGUAUGCUUCAUUACAAGGUUUGGUAGCUUUGUAAAUACUGGGAUUGAAAACAUGUUUUAACAUAUUAAACAGGAAUAAUUAAGUAAAAUAGAAUUAAAAAGAAUUAGUUUCCCUUAUUAAACAUGUAAGAUUGGAUUUUUGAUCGACAGAGUGAAAUAUAACUUGUUAAAUUGAAGAAAUAUCAAUAGAGAGGCUUCCCUGGAUAUUUAGAUUAAGACUGAGAAAGGAAGGAAUAAAUGGUUUGUUGCUUUGACACCACAGAUGUUACAAUGAAUAAAGAUGACAUUCUGUAUAUACUGUAGUCUUAUUUAGUUUAUUUAUAUUAGUUUGUCAAACAUCAUAAGCAGUUGCUUCUUCCUGAGAUGUAUGGGAUGAAAGAGGAGUGCCAAAAAAAUGAGGAGACAUAAGAAAAUGUGAAAAUUUGAAGGAAUUUGAAUAAAGUAAUGAAUUAAUUAUGGAAUAUUGUAUUGCUCAUUUACAUAUUGUACUGAAUUUAUUCAUGUUGUUUAAUUUUUCUGUAUUUCCUCAUAUUUAUUUUUGGAUUGGGUUUUAUUUUUUUAUUACACUGCAGUUGUAGUUAAGUAUUAGUUUAGUUGAGUUUGUGACUGCUGUAGCUUUUAUGAGCCGGUUUUUCAUUUUCCUCUCUCUGCAUUGCUUUUGCUUACUUUCUUUGCUACUUCUAAAAAAUAGUGUGUGUGGAACUAAUCAUUAAACUACUCCUUCUACAAAACCAACACAAAUCAAUUUUUAUCUCCACAUGAGAAAUACCAAGAUCUAGACGGCGUAUACAACGAGACACGAUGUUUGGCAGUGGUAGCGGUCCUUUAGGAACAGGAUUAGCUUCCCUCUUGUGUGCAGCCUCACUUUCAUAGGAGUCAACCUCUAAGCAAAUGCUUCUUCGAGCAUGUUUUGAAUUGACACAAUUGCGUAACAUCGUCCACUAUUGCCAGUGUCAGACUGACUGCAUGGGAAUUUAAAUGAUAGGUAUAUCCUAUCGGUUAGUUUUGCUGAUUUACAAGCUUGAGUUAGCCCGUUGAUAACCAAAUUAUGCUGUCAGUGUCUAAGAAGGGAAAACUUUUGAUAUAACGAUGGCUGACCUAAUGGCAAAAGCAAGGGAGAAAAGCAGUAAAAAUAAAUUGAUAAAAAGGGAAAAGCAAUACAGAAAAGGUAAAGGAAAGACUACUUGAAAAUGGCUAAAGUAAUAAUGAUAUAGCAAAAACAAUGUGGAAAAAAAUGACAAUCGUUUAUUUUAUAUCUCCAUUUCAUUUUCAUAAUCCAACAUUUAUUGACUUUCAUUCAUUUCUCUUUACAAGUCCCCCAUUAUUUGCUCACGCUAUUACAUAUUCAUCAUUUUUUUUUAUUGCACUUCAAUAACUCCUUUGAACAUUUCAUUAGAAUGCACAGUUGUGAUUCCACUGUUCCCCAUCAUUUUCCUUUGACUCCACCAUAGCGGCUUUUAUGUACAAGCAGGAAGCUGUGACUAUUUUGUUGGUAAAACACUGAUUUAUAUAGAUGCGUUUCAUUUUAAAUUGCUGCAUUAUGUGUGACCUCUUUUCUUUUCAUGGGUGACGUCUGAGAAGAAAAUUAUGAUGUAGUUUUCCUCAAAAUGAACAGUUUUAUUAAAAUGAAUAUCUACAUUGUGUCAAAAAUAAAGAGUUAGUCAA